AUGGUGAGUUUGGGCAAGAAGCGGCAGCGGGAUGAAGACGACGACGGGCCUGGCCCCAGCGGCAACCAGGCUCCCACCGUAGGCCAGCAGACGUCCCACAUAAAGAACAAGCAGGUCAGAGGAGCCAAGUAUGCCAAGCUGAAGCACGAGAAGAAUAAGCUGAAGAAGAAGGAGCGGGCGCUGCGGGAAAAGGAGGUUGCCCGGGCAGAGGAGCUGGGCAUCGAGCCCCCGCCAAAGCCGGUGCCAAAGACAAUAGAGAACACACGGGAGAAGGAUGAAACCAUGGUGCAGCCAGACGACGCAGAGGUGGCGGCAGACGAGGACCAGGAUGAGUUUGCCGAGCACUUCAAGCGAGUGCGGCCGCCCAAUGUGCUCAUCACCACCAGCUACAAGGUCACUGGCGCGAUGUACCGCUUCAUAUCUGAGCUACUAGAGGUGCUGCCGUGUGCCACAUACUACAAGCGGCAGGGCUAUCCACUGAAAAAGAUUGUGGAGUAUGCCAAGAGUCGCGACUUUACGGACCUCAUGGUGUUCAAUGAGGAUCGCAAGCAGAUCAACGGCCUGCUGCUGGUGCACCUGCCUGAUGGGCCCACUGCGCAGUUCCGUCUCUCUAACCUAGUGCUGUCGAACGACAUCAAGGGCCACGCGCGCGCCACGAGUCACCGCCCCGAGCUGGUGCUCAACAACUUUGACACCCGGCUGGGGCACCGCGUGGGGCGCAUGUUUGCCAGCCUGUUCCACCAGGACCCCACAUUCCGGGGGCGUCGCGUGGUCACCUUCCACAACCAGCGCGACUUCAUCUUCUUCCGCCACCACCGCUACAUAUUUGAGGAGCGGCAGAAGAAGGAGAAGGGGAAGAAGGAGAAGGUCAACACGGUCAAGGCGCGGUUGCAGGAGAUUGGGCCGCGCUUCACUCUCAAGCUGCAGAGCCUGCAGAAGGGCACCUUUAACAGCAAGGGCGGCGAGUUUGAGUGGAUGCACAAGGCGGGCGAGCAGGACACGAGCCGCCGCAAGUUCCAGCUUUAG